AUGCAACAGGCCCUGGAAAGGGCUUUGGACCGCGCGGACUAUGUCAUCGCAGGCGCCCAGCAGAGGCCUCCAAAGAGGAGAGGCUCGUCGAGUGGGGAAGCAUCUCUCUACGAGAAGCUUUACGACAUCUAUGUGGAAGAAUGUGGGAGAGAGCCUGAGGCUCCGGAGGAGCUAAGAAGCAACGUGAACUUGCUAGAGAAGCUCGUGAGGAGAGAGUCGUUGCCGUGUUUAGUGGUCAACCUGCACCGGGGAGAGGGGGGAUAUUCGCUGAUGCUCCAGGGGAAAGACGGAGCGUAUUCGGAGACCGUCCGGCUGCCCUACGAAGAACGCGAAUUGCUCGAAUACCUGGACGCUGAAGAACUACCUCCCGCUCUGCUGGACGUGCUGGAAAAAUCGGAGGUGAACCUCUUCCAGUGCGGGUGCGUCAUAGCGCAGGUGCGAGACUACAGGCAGUGCAGCGGUGGGGAACCUCCGGGCUACCAGAGCAGGCACAUUCUCCUGCGCCCGACCAUGCAGACGUUAGCCUGCGACGUGCAGUCCAUAACCAGCGAUGGCCAGGAAUGGACCCAGGAGGACAAACUGUCGCUUGAGAGCCAGCUGAUCUUGGCCACCGCUGAGCCCCUGUGCCUGGAUCCUUCUGUAGCAGUAGCCUGCACGGCGAACAGGCUGCUCUAUAACAAGCAAAAGAUGAAUACUGGGCCGAUGAAAAGGAGCUUCAGGAGGUACUCUGCCUCCUCUCUGCAUCGGCAGCGGGAGCUGUCUGCUUGUCCCCCUCCUCCUGAGCUGACAGUGUGGGCCUCUUGCCGGAAACGCAGGGAGCGCCAAGACCGUCCGUGGUACGACCUCAAAAUUUCUAAGGCGGGGAGCUGCGUAGAUACGUGGAGGCGGAGACCGUGUGACUUGGCGGUGCCUUCGGAAGUGGAUGUGCAGAAAUAUGCCAGAGGGAGGAGGUCCGCCCAACGGGUCGUCUCACCUCCGGGAGUCUGGCCAGCCGGGGAGGUGAGGGACGGUGGUACGUGUGGCCGCGAAGCCGGCCAGGAGCCUCAGAGCACGGAGCUGACCUUCCCGAAGUCGCCGCCGCCGAAUAAUCCACCUUCCUCUGGAGCGAGAAGGCCCUGGAAGGAAGACCGGUGGGAGGGACAGAUGUCUCCUCCGCACCCCUGCACAGAUGACCGUUCAGGCAGUGUCCCGCCGGAAUCAAAGACGGCUGCCGGCGGGGUGGUCACGGGGGCAGAGCUGGCCGUCCUGCAGAAGGCCAGCUGUACGGUCACCGGGUCGCACGGCUCAGGCGGCCUCAGUGGGCUUCCUCCCGGGAACGACCCAGAACAGCCUGACAUGGCGUCGGUUCGGUCUCCAGUCCAGGGGGAAGGCGUGGGACGGCCACCUCUGCGCAUCAGACUUCCCUGGAGCUCAGGCACGAGCCGGUCGGGGAACAGUUUUAUUCCAUGGGAGGCCAGCAGCUUUCGUAAAUCUCCAUCUCCUGCUCCCGCUCCUAAGCCAAGUCCCUCCCAGCAAUCCCCCGUGGACGUGAAUCGAGGGAGCCCGCUUCCCGCAGCCACCGUGUCCGCCGCCAGCGCCCCACAGAGGAGCCCGGCCAGCCGGGUCACGGCCAGCUCCGCGGGCCACAGCCUCCUUCAAGUGGCGGGCCCUGGUUGCGGAGCGCAGGCUUUGGAGAGGGGCUCUGGCCCGGGGCAGGGCCCUCAGGCUGGGGCCAAGGCUCCUGUGGGGAUCCAGCCCAGCAGCCUGCCUUCAGGCGCUCGGCCCCCCAGUGCGGUGCCCGCUGCAGCGCGGAGUCCUCCAGUCCGCGUCCAGUUUUUUUUAAAACACGCUUCCGGCCUCGGGCCAGUAACUCUCCUGGAGGUUCCCCAAGAGUCGCUCCUUUUGAACACAGCGCGGCAGCCAGAGCGGCGGCUCUAUCACUUGAUUUCCCAAGAACAACUUCAGCAAGCCUCCACUGGGGGUCCUCAGCGGCCUGGGCCCCAGGGUCCAAGUGGAGGAGGUGCAGCCAGUCCAGAAAGGGCCUCCUCUGCUCAGCAGGCUGUGGCGCUAAACCUGGCCGGAGAGGGGGAGCUGCCGCAGCCCCACGCGGCGGCGGUGUCGGCGGUGUCGGCCCCGUUGGGCUCUGGGGAAAGCCAGAGAAGCCCAGAGCAGAGCUGUCCUCGUCCCGCGCACACACUGCGGCCGCCCCAGCCACAGGGACCACGGCUGAGAAUCUUGCAGGGCCCUGUGGCCAUGACGACAGUCAUCGCCCAGACAGCCGGGCGGCCUCUGGCCCCGCGGCCCACAAGCCUGGCCAAAGCAUCCCGGCUCCCCCAUGUCCGUUCCUGCUUUCUCGUGUCGGUGCGGCUCACGACAGCCCUGAAGUUCUUUCUGUUUCCCCUUCCUUUGUACGGAGACGCACUUCUCGGGAGCGACAGUCACCCGUCCUCAGGGGUGCCGCUGGGUGUCAGUCGCUGCAUUUACGCGGCUGUGCCAUCACCAGCUGUAUUUCCCAAGCAGCUGCCUCACCCCCAGGGCGGCCUCUGUGGCCACGAAGCACCGGCUGCCGUCCUGUCCCCCAGCCCUGGAAGCCCCCGUUCCUUUCUGCGUCCGUGGACGGCCGCGUUCUGGACACUGGCUGACGGUGGAGUCGGAGAGCAGUGCCCUCUCAUGUCCGGCCUCCGUCGCUCGGCGCAGUGUGGUCGAGGUUCGCGUGUGGUGUCACCCCUGCCGCGCUUCGCUCCUUCUUGCUCGGCGGAGCCUUACACGCUGGUGUGCGUGUUCCUCCCUGCGUCUGCCCGCUCUCCGUCCGUGCACAUCCCCCUCGCUGGCGAAACCUGUGGGCCGUCGUCAGUCCUGCUGCUGGGAGCGCCGGUGUGCAAGGAUUUCUUGGAGAGCUUCUCACGUGUUGUCGCCUUACAAUUUGUACAGGGCAGCCUGUGUCCCUGA